AUGGGUGGACAGGCACAUAACAGUGCAGCCAUGCCACCGUGUGUUCUGACAGGAGUUCCUGGGAUGCAGACGGGCCACGCCUGGGUGGCCCUGAUUUUCUGCAUCCUCUACCUGAUUUCCAUCAUAGGCAACCUCAGCAUCCUCUCUUUGGUGGUCCGGGAGCCUGCUCUGCACCAGCCCAUGUACUGCUUCCUCUCUAUGCUCUCUGUCAACGAUCUGGGAGUGUCCUUCUCUACACUUCCCACAGUGCUUGCUACUUUCUGCUUCCACUACCGUCAUGUUGGCUUUGAUGCCUGCUUGGUUCAGAUGUUCUUCAUCCACACUUUCUCCUUCAUGGAAUCAGGCAUACUGUUGGCCAUGAGCUUUGAUCGCUUUGUGGCUAUCUGUGACCCACUACGUUAUGCUGCUGUGCUCACCAAUGGCCGCAUCUUGGCGAUGGGCCUGUGCAUCCUCGCCAAAAGUUUCAUCACUCUCUUCCCUUUCCCCUUUCUGGUGAAACGCUUGCCCUUCUGCAAGGGCAAUGUUUUGCAUCACUCAUACUGCCUCCAUCCUGAUCUCAUGAAAGUGGCAUGUGGAGACAUCCGUGUUAACAACAUCUAUGGGCUCUUUGUGGUCAUCCUCACCUAUGGCAUUGACUCAGCUUUCAUUCUGCUUUCUUAUGCAUUGAUCCUGAGGGCUGUGCUGGCCAUUGCAUCACAGGAGCAGCGGCUCAAGGCCCUCAAUACCUGCAUGUCACACAUCUGUGCAGUGCUGGCUUUUUAUGUGCCCAUAAUUGCUGUCUCCAUGAUCCACCGCUUCUGGAAAAGUGCCCCACCUGUUGUGCAUGUCAUGAUGUCCAAUGUCUACCUAUUUGUACCUCCAAUGCUCAAUCCCAUCAUCUACAGUGUGAAGACAAAGGAGAUACGCAGAGGGAUCCUCAAAGUCUUCUCUAAAUUCCAGAGCUGA